AUGGUAGACCAGCACAACAAGCUGGAAGCUAAGCUCGUAGCAGCAAAAGAGAAGGUGCUUCGUUUGCAGAAGCAAAAACGGAUGUGGCUGGAUAAGGUGAUCCGCGCGGUCCGGCGCGGUAUCGAUAGUGUCGAGGAAUUGGUGCGGGUUAAGCGCGAGGAGGCCGAGCAGGUGGCCAUUCAGGCGGCCCCUGACCCACUCUCUUUAUCCGCUUCCGGGCUUUCACCGUUAUCCUUGGGUAAGGCAGAUCCUGGGGUUAAUCCAAAUCUAAACCUGCUUGCCCUUCUUCAACCCGGUGUCUCUGCCGAUACUCCUGUAAAGCCUCCUGGCAGUUCCCAAAUCGAGCUUGAGGAGGCAGAGGAGAAAGUGCUCCGUUUGCGCAAACAGAAACGGACGUGGCUCGAAAAGAUGAUGCGCGCGAUCCGGCGCGGCAUUAACAGGGUGGAGGAGUUGGAACUAGGCGGCCCGGCCCCGCUGAGUUUGGCUAAAGCACGGCUCCUUUUAAGAGAGGUAGCGGAAGCAGGCCUCCGUACGCUCAGCGCCGGCGCCGCUGGUGUCGAUACGACGGGCAACGGCCCGGCCCUGCUUGCCCCGGGCACCAACGGCAGCGUCGUUAUCGUCGUCGCCAUAGUUAAGUGA